AUGCUCCUGUUCUGCCCGGCUUGCGGGAACGUGCUGGUGGCUGAGGAAGGCGCGAGAUGCCGCUUCGCGUGCACCACGUGUCCCUACGUGCGCAACGUCACGCGCAAGGUAACCCCUCCGGAAGUACCGAAGCUGAAGGAGGUGGAAUGUGUGCUGGGUGGUGCUGCGACGUGGGAGAACGUGGACUCCACGGCAGAGCCGUGUCCCAAGUGUGAGCAUCCUCGGGCCUACUUCAUGCAGAUUCAGACCAGAUCAGCUGAUGAGCCCAUGACCACUUUCUAUAAGUGUUGUAAUGCCCAGUGCGGCCACAGGUGGAGGGACUAAUUUUUGCUUCAGAUUUAAGUUCUUCAGUAUCGUUUUUGCUCUUUGUUUGAAAAUUCCCCAGCUUGGUUGUAUGAAAGAUGGUAACAUGGACUAGUGCAUGAUAUUAAAUUAACACUGGCUGCUGCUAGUGCAGGCAUUCCCCAUAAUCUGAUGGUCCAGGGGCUGAAGGUUAUGCAUAUACUGCACAUUUUCCUGAUAGCAAACAUUGUUAGAACAAAGAGCUGCCUCUGUUUAGAGAUUAUAUUUUAAAAUCUAUUUAUUCAGCAGUUUCCACUGCAACGCUGCUCUUUUAUAGGGAUACAUUGUUAUCGUUUAUUACUAACCACAGCUGUGAUCUAAGAUUGCAGGCCAAGAAAUGACAGGAAUGGUCAGUAUCUAGAUGAGAAGCAGCCAAAUAAAAUGUUUACGUC